AUGGAUGGAAACAACCAUCAUCAUCACUACUACACUACUCAUCAUAAUGAUGACUCCACUUUUUCUCGCCAAGAUUCCGGCUUUGAGCUCUCUGAGUUCUUUGACCUCGAUGUUUGGCCGCCUGAGGAAGACCCGGUUUUCGCCGUCGCCGGACAUCCCCAGAACCCUGGUCAAACCACGGCGGUUGACGCCGUCAUGGUUCCUUCAGGCGGUGGAGGCGGCGUCUUCUACGCUGGACCUUCUAGUAGCAUCACUGAUAGUGGGGGAGGCAUGGAGAGGACUGCGGCGGGGGUGACUGAAAAGUUUGCGUUCAAAACAAAAUCAGAUAUUGAAAUACUGGAUGAUGGCUACAAAUGGAGAAAGUACGGCAAGAAAAAGGUGAAAAACAGCCCAAAUCCAAGGAAUUACUACAGGUGCUCAGUGAAUGGGUGCCAAGUGAAGAAAAGAGUUGAAAGAGACAAAGAGGAUCCAAGUUAUGUAAUAACUACAUACGUGGGGAUCCAUAACCAUCAAGGCCCUUAGGUUUUUCAAUUAUCACAGUACAGUGGAGCCUGAAUCAUAUCCAAAGUUAAGUUAUAUUACUGUUGACAGUUGCCCAGACCACUCUCGUAAACAUCACCAUACUCGUCUACCUUGAAUUGGUUCCACGAGGUUUUUUGAGGGUCUCAGAAUGUUCGUUCCAUCUGUACUUUUCUCCAGGGUUAAGCUAAAUUCUGUCUUAUCAAUAUCAAAGAUGUUUUAGACCUUCAGUCACAACGUAUGGUCAUCCUGUUGUGUAAUAGAUCUUGUAGUUUGAUUAUUACACAUGUUGUAUACUAGCUACAUUAUUUAAAUAAGAAACUUAUAAAUGAG